CAACCAAAAUGCCUCGGAACUCAGGACAACCUUAAGUUGAAACCUUACCAGCUAGUGGGGCUGAACUGGUUGCGGACGCUGCAUACGUCAGAGGUGAAUGGGAUUCUUGCAGAUGAAAUGGGACUGGGGAAAACGAUACAAACCAUAGCCUUCCUUGCUCACAUCUACGAGAAAAAAGUUUCCGGUCCGCACAUCAUAGUUUGUCCUGCAAGCGUCGUUUCGAAUUGGAACAGAGAGUUCAGUCAGUGGCUCCCGUCGCUGCGCGUCGUGGUUUAUCACGGCUCACAGAAAGAAAGAGCACAGAUAAGAAGCGAAAUGCACGAUACGUCAUCAUGGUUUGCUUGCACCAGGGUCAAAGUGCUCCUGACCUUGUCCAGGGAUGUUGUUGUGACAACCUACACUUGCUUCGAACGAGAAGCUGGCAAGCAAGACAGAGCCUUCCUUCGCUCAUUCAACUUCAAGGUUAUGAUCUUGGACGAAGCUCACAGCAUCAAGAAUGCUGGCUCAUCUCGAUAUCGACACCUGUUGCACCUGACAUGCGAGAGAAGAAUUCUUCUAACUGGAACUCCGAUCAACAACAACCUCCCUGAGCUGCUUGUUCUCCUACAGUUCUUGAUGCCGGAGCUCUUCGAUCCCGAUGACGAGGUUGAAUCCGAGUCGGGGAACCUUGCUCGGGUGAAGAUGAGGCAGAAAGGCUGUUCUUGUUCUCACCUCCUCUUGUCUCAUCAGAAAGUCAAUGUUGAGAGGGUGAAGAAGAUGAUCAAACCGUUUGUUCUGAGGCGCUGCAAGUGCGACGUGCUCGGUGAGCUCGUGCCGAAGGAUCAGCAGGUCAUUCAGAAGGAGAUUUCGGAUUAUUCCGACUUCGUCUUGCAUCAAAUGUGUCAAGAUCACAAGCGAUUGAACAAGUUGAGUCUCAAGGUGCAGUCGAUCUUUCCUGCAAUCCGCCCCUCUCACCUGUUCGUCCAGCCUGAAGAUAUCUCCUCUUCUGCAAAACUUCGAAAACUCGAGGAGAUUUUGCCCCGUCUGCAGAGCGAAGGGCAUCGCGUGUUGCUGUUCUCUCAGUGGACGACCAUGCUGGACAUAAUCGAAGAUUUCUUGAUUGACAAAGAUUAUCUCUACACGAGGCUGGACGGAAGUACAGCGGUAAAGGAGAGGCAGGAAUUGCUAGACAGAUUCAACUCCGACACCUCCAUCUUCUGCUUCCUCCUUUCAACCCGAGCAGGAGGCAUGGGGAUCAACCUAACCGCGGCCGACACAGUCAUCCUGCAUGAUGUUGACUUCAAUCCUCAGAUUGACCGUCAGGCAGAAGACAGAUGUCAUAGGAUCGGACAGACGAAACCUGUGACGGUUAUCAAAUUGGUGGUGCAGGAGACGGUAGAC